GGCUGGCGAAACACUUCAUAGAAAUUCCAAACAUCGCCAGAAACCUCUCCUCGCGCUUAUUUCCUCUACCACUGUCCUCUACACCUUGGGCACUGGCUCUUAAACCAUGAUCACCAUAAAAGUACCCUGCUCCUCCGCAAACAUUGGCCCUGGAUUCGAUGUCAUUGGCCUUGCGCUCUCGAUCUGGCUCGAACUUCGCGUUGAAGUGGUGAAAUCCGAGGCGUCGGAUGCUCCUCUGAACUGUGUGAUAACGUAUGAGGGAGAGGGCGCAGAGGAGGUGCCAUUGAGCGCAGACAGCAACCUGGUCACGCGAACAGCCCUCUAUGUGCUUCGAUGCCAUGGUCAGAGAGCAUUUCCCGCGGAAACAAGAGUACAUAUCAUAAACCCCAUACCAUUGGGGAGAGGAUUGGGGUCUUCCGGAGCAGCAGUGGUAGCAGGUGUGGUGCUGGGAAACGAGGUGGGAAAGCUGGGACUGACUAAGGCUCGUAUGUUGGACUAUUGUUUGAUGAUUGAACGUCAUCCAGACAACGUAGCAGCAGCCCUAUACGGCGGUUUCGUCGGCACCUACCUGAACGACCUCUCCCCCGAAGACACCUCCCGCAAAGAAAUCCCUCUCUCCGAAGUCCUCGUUGAGCCCGCCGGCGGAGUGGACACAGGAAAGGCACCACCAGAACCACCGCAUAAUAUUGGACAUUAUAUGAAGUUCUCUUGGGCCCCAGAAAUAAAAGCCAUAGCCAUAAUCCCGCAAUUCGAAGUCUCGACCGCUAAAGCACGAGACGUGCUACCUACCUCUUAUUCGAGGGCCGAUUUGGUAUUUAAUCUGCAGAGGAUAGCCUUGCUGCCAAGUGCAUUAGGAAGGAGCCCGCCGGAUGCAGAGCAGAUUUAUCUGGCCAUGCAGGAUAAGGUGCAUCAGCCGUAUAGGAAAGAAUUGAUUCCUGGACUGCCAGAGAUUCUGCAUAGUGUGACGCCGAAGAGUCAUCCAGGACUUUGUGGGAUCUGUUUGAGUGGAGCGGGACCGACCAUUUUGGCGUUGGCAACAGAGAACUUUGAGGGGAUUGCGAAAGUGAUUUUGGAAAUGUUCAAAAAGACAGGGAUUGAGUGUACAUGGAAGCUAUUGGAGCCUGCGGAGGAAGGGACGACGGUUACAUAUGGCUAGACAUAGAAGGGGAAAUAUCCCGCUAGAAAGCUCAAAAAGUACAAAAGUAGAUCCAUGGAGAGAGGGAAUCGGGAGUACAUUGACCUCAACUUUAUUCGUUUCAUUAUACAAAGUUAACACGCUCAACGGACGUUGUUUCCAUGGCCGCUCUUUCCCAUCAGCCAUCCCUAAACGCCUUGGAGCAAAACACUCGUACAAGCAAAAUAAUGGCAGAAAACCCGUCUCCCAAGCUCAACCCAGACCACCCCACGCACCCCUGAUUCUUCUCGCCAGUUGAAUAUCCUUCUGCAUGAUCGUCACUCUCUUCGCAUGUAUCGCACAUAAGUUUGUGUCCUCAAAUAAAUGCACUAAGAACGCCUCCGAUGCCUCCUGCAAUGCCUGAAUAGCCUGGCUCUGCCAUCUCAUGCCCUCACCCGCCGGCCGC